AUAUGGCACGCCGUAUCUUAAAUCGUUAGGGCUAUCACCUGAACUGGUCUCUUUAGUAUGGUUGGCGGGUCCUCUUUCAGGUCUAAUCAUACAACCUUUGGUAGGUGGAUUGAGUGAUAAAAGUACUUUUAGUAUAGGUCGUAGGAGACCAUAUAUUAUAAUUGGCGCAUUCAUGGUUUGUUUAUCUAUGGCUGGUAUUGCUUAUGCUAAAGAAUGGGCCACUUUAUUAGUUG